UUGCCUUAUUGUUAAUUGCUAAUUUUUCAGUAUGUUAACAUGUUUUAAAAGAUGUAAUUUCAAGACAAAUGUAUGUUUUUCUAAAUUUUAGCAGUAAAGAAGAAUCAUUGUUAACACCAGAAGAAAACAAGUUCGAGAAUUUAAAAUUUACAGAUACCUACAUCCCAACAAUCAUUUGUUCUCAUGAGGACAAGGAUGACUUGGGAGGCAAUCAUCAAAAUGUAAAAGAUAUCAUCAACAAGGAGCAUGACAAACAUAAUGAAAAAGAAUUAGACUUGAUGAUAAACCAACAGCUAAUAACUUCCCGGGAUGAAAAGAACACAUUUUCAACAGAUCCAGCCAAUUUCACUAAUAAAGCUGAGGGGUCAGGGAAGAGGCGAGAGCAUUGUGAAACCCACACUGACUUGUUCCGAAGGCCUUUGUCUCCAAGUUCGUCACCAGAAAGCUCCUUAAAGAGAGAUUUCUACCACAGCAGAAACUAUUCCCCAGGAAAUGAAUAUGGUCAUCUACCUUCAGAGGAGAUUCUCUCAGAAGUGGGAGAAAUAGAGCCAUUACUGGGAGAUGCUAGGUCUGAUGAACUAAUGCAAUCGAACCUUUGCAGCAAAGAAGUCCUGGAUGAUAAUGCCAACCCAGCCCAUGGGAGUGGCAGAGUACAAACCAUGUGUUCUUCCUCUGAUCAACUAACUGCAGGUAGUCUUAAGAACAAUGAAGCAGGAGUCAAGAAACCUGGGAUAAAAGAUUACAAACACCCAAGCAGAGAUUUCUGUUUAGAGGCAUCCUCAAAUCUGGAAGAAUCAAAUGCAUCUUCCAAAGAUGAUUGUGCCAAGGAGAAGGAGCAGAAAUCAUGCUUAGGUGUUAAUGAAAACCCAAGCAAGACUUUUCAGGCAGUGGUCCAGAACCAGGAGAGACAAAUGGGGCACCCCAAAAUAAGCAUCGAAGGAGCUGAAGUUAAUAACCAAGACUUGACCAGUCUACUAAGCAAAGACGCAGUAGAUCCCACUGCUGCAACAAAGACAAAGGUGAGUGGGAGAGAAGAAGGCUGUCAAGGUACUAAUUUAGAACCAACAGUUUCUUAUCUUGAUUCUCCAAGAAAUGGCAACGAUCUGACAGAUGAUUAUCUUUUUCAAGCUGAACAGAAAAAAUCAGAUUCUAGUAAUCUUGCAGUCCAUAAUAUGAACACACAGCAUAAAAACAAUUGGAAUGUUCUGGAACGUCAGCCAAGAGGGAUUGAAUCAAAUAUGACCGAGCAUAUCAAAGAACAACCAGAGUGUAAAGACCUGUGGGAAAAAAGAGCUAACACAGGGACCCUGAGAGCUACUCCUACAGAACAAUUGUUUACCUGCCAAGAGACAGAAUGCCAUGAACUGUCUUCUCUAGCUGAUCAUGGUAUUGCCGAGAAAGCACAAGCAGUUACAGCUUAUAUAAUUAAGACAACAUUAGAAAGAACUCCAGAAAGCAUGCCUGCUGGAGGAAAAGCCAUAAUUGCUAAGCUACCUCAAGAGACAGCACGAAGUGACAAGCCCAUCGAGGUAAAAGAAACAGCGUUUGAUCCACAUGAAGGGAGGAAGGAUGACUCACAUUAUCCCCUUUGUCAUGGAGAUGCAGCAAGUGUAAUCCAUGACAAUGAUUUUGAAAGAGAGUCCCGGUUAGAUAUUUGUAAUGUACGUGUGGAUGAACUGGAGAAGGAGGAAACCACAUCGACACGCAAUCCCAGGAAGACAUAUGACAAGGAGAAUCGUGGAAUUGGAUGUUUAACAUCUACAGACGAACCUUCACAGGUCAUUACAGGCACUCAAAAAGCCACGUCAAAACUAGAUUUACAUUUGGGAGUGUUACCAACAGACAGAGCAGUAUUCCCGGAAAAUACAGAUCUUGAGCUGCUUCAAGAACUAUCAAGGAGAACAGACAUCAACGCUGUUCGCUUUGCAUUUAACUCAGACGCUCCCGGUGCCUCUCAGGGCAGUUCUCAAGUUUACAGACGCCACUCUAAAAAAUCAGAACCCUCUCACGGAUGGCCAGUGGUUGAAGAAAAAGCAGUUACUAACACAACACUCCAGUCUACUCCUACCAAAUCAGAAUAUAAUCGCCACCCAGAAAGUGAGAUCCUGGCCCGUGCCGUGUCUAACCCUGAAGACGGUUCCAAAUUUUCAGAAAUAAUAGAGUCAGAUAACGGAAGAGAACGAAGUGUGGAUCUGAUCCUCCAACAAAAUGAAGGUAGAUUGGAAAAACCCCAAGGCCCAAUGAUUUUAAUCAGUGAACCUCUUGAGACCCUGGAUAAGGCAAGGUUGGAAAAUGAAGGAUUAAUGCAUUAUGGACAACCACAGUGCAGUGUGAGUGACAAAGGAUCAGUGAGCUCUAUUUCAGGUACUCUCCCUGCCCACGAAGUCCAAGCUCAAGGCAGGGCAUCUCUGCUCUCAACAUGCAUCGACUCUAAAGUACCGUAUUUCCUUUUGUUUCUGAUAUUUCUCGCAGCUGUCUACUACUAUGACUUAAUGAUAGGCUUGGCGUUCUACCUUUUUUCCCUGUACUGGUUGUACUGGGAAGGGGGGAGGCAAAGAGAGUCUGUCAAAAAAAAGUGAGCUUGGCACCGGUGUAGCUCUCUCUUGAAAGAUAAGCUCUUUAGUGCCAAACACUUGGCGCUGGUGGGAGAGGUUAUUCAUUGCUCAAAGAGUCAGCGCAGUUUUUCUCUUGAAGGAUCAUUUAAAAAGGAAUGCGUAUGAAGUUUGCUCCUUCAUAUAAGUAAUUAUUCUAUAUAGGACCAUUAUGCUUGGAUCAUUAAAUACCUAUAUGAAUAUGAGAUCUGAAGCACGUCAAGUUGAAAUUAGGUACAGCUGUUGCUCCUUAGCAGGCUGUGAAGUUGCAAUGCUUCAUGUCUCUUCACUAUUUAAAGUGCUAUUUCUUGCAUUUAUUUCUUUCACAGUAAAGCUUCAGAUAUUUUUUUUUCUCUGAGAGCACGUUCCCCCAUGGUUUUUAAAAAUAGAUAAAACAUGGACAAUGGCAGAAAAUUAUUUUUCUCUUAGGCUUUAGUAUUAACCAUGAAAUUUUCAUUUA